CGAUAGUUUAUAUGUUUGUAUAUUGGUUUUUAACUUACUUUAGAAACAUUUCAGACUUCAGGUUUCAUUUUAAUAGACUUUUAAUACAUUGAAAAAAUGUUUAACAGGAUGUUGAGCAUCUGACUUUUUUAAAAUUUGUAUCCAAAGCUUUUUUAAAAACAACGGGGAAAGCAGCAAAAAAGAAAUUCUCUAUUUAUAGUAAAGUGCACAUACUCUAUGAGGAGGAAAGGAAAAUUGAAACUGAGUUUUUCAUGUGACUGGGAGGGCUUCAGUAGCUAAGUGCUAUUGAACACAUGGAUCAAGACCACUAUAUUGAAAAUGAAGGGUGUUCCUCUGGCUAACUCUGCAUCAACUUGAACUACAUUCAAAAAAUAUUACAGAUAGAAAUGAAAAGAUCCAUUCACAGCAACCACAAGUAACUGAAAAUGAUUGUUUUCAGUUUUCUAAAAGAAGGUGAAAUUCUUAUGUCUUGGAUGAUCUUUUAAAAUUAAACUAGUAUUUUAUUAAGAAAUUUUCAGAAAAUAGGACUAUCACAUCUGGGUUGAAAAAUCUGGAAGAUCACUUGGUAACAGCAUUAAGACUGUAAUCUUAUAAAGACAUAGAUAUAAAUAUAUAUAUAUGUAUAUAAGCACAUACGCAUACAUAUAAUUACUUAGGAAGAAGCCUCUUGUAAUAGGUAAUUUCAGACUUUCCACUUAACAUCUAUCUAGUUUCUUGAGUUGAGAGAUCCAAGAAUCAUUAGGCCUACUUCUAGCAUUACCUGGAAAACAGGUGGUCUUGUUUAAUGGCUGACUCGUUUAGUAACUGUUUGCAGGUAUAAUGGGGAUGAAAAAGUAACUUAUGACCAACUCUCACAUUUAGUACCUUCAUAGGUCUGUAAAGCAAAUGAAAGCUGAAAUGAGACCAUAAGUACAGUUGUGGUUUCACUGAGUGAUCCCUUUACUUAAGCACCAGGUUGCCUAUCCCAACUGUGGUCACUAAACAAGGACUACCUGUAAUUAGAUUUAACUACUAAAAAUUAACACUUUUGAUUUAACAGGAUAACUAUUUAUUCUUGAGUUUUAUAUUUUACUAAUUCCUUGUAUGAUUGAGCUUUUUUUCUAUUUGAUUUGUAGGGAAUCACACCAAUCCCUGAUCACUUUAACUUCUGGGAUAAGCUCCACAUCUUCUCUUAACAGCAUGUUUUGGAUUGGUCUACAUCAGACAUGUCAAACUCGCGAUAUCACUUGAUGCCGUGUGACGCAUCAGAGCUUUUUCCCCAUUGCCAGCAAUGAGGUGGGCGCCGUUUCCUCAUGACACAUCCAGCCCGUGGGCCAGCAGUUUGACACCCCUGCUUGGUCCUAUUGUAGGUAUCUUGUUUAUAUAUUAAAUAGGGAUGUGCUGGUCUGGGUAGCCUAUUUUUACCUGGGUCUGGUCACCUGAAGAAGCCACUUUCCUAGAUAUAGUUCUACAUUUAUAUUAGAGGUUAUAGAUACAAUAUAAUGGCAUAAUAUAAACAAAAGCAACCUUUGGUAAUCCUUUGUCUUCAGACUAGAUCAAACAAAUUUCUCCUUAGCUCAGGAUGACUUUUACUGCUCUGUUUCUUGUAACUGUUUCAAGGAAUAGCAUAUAUGUUUAUCCUUUAAAUACAGAUAUGAUUGUAUCUGCAAGCUCUGAUGUGAAAGCAAACACAUUUUAAGAAUAGUCCAUUGCUUUGUGGCCGAUUCCAAAAAGUCUACUUUUUUCUUGAUAAAAUACUUAAAAGGUUUAAAUAUUUUUAGCACAUUAUGUAAAAACUGGCAAAGCACCCUGGUGAUUAGUUAUGAACACAUAAACAUACCUCUCCCCUCUGUCUCAUUCCCCAGCAGUUUAGUAAUUGUUUUUCAACCACAGUGCAAAAAAGUUGAAAUUAUAAAUGACUUUUAGAUGGACUUAGUAAAUGAUGAUAGCAAGUUAAAGCAUGUCAGCGCUCUUUCCCCUCAGUGCUGAGUUUGCACCAUGGGCAUCAAAUGUCUGGGAGUUACAGAUAAGACCCUCCAGUUCAUAAAAUGUAGCUGUUUCCUCAUGAUCUGUUUUGAAAAAAAGGUACUAGCAGCCAGGCUGAAGGCCCACUGAAGCCCACAGCAGAACUUCACCUAUCUAGCACCACCAGCCACUCCUGGGAGGACCACACAUGUUGUUAAUGAAGAUUUGGUUUUCAUUAAAGGAAUACAUACAGGCAGUGAAUCCACCCAGUAUAUCUCAACUACUUUAUGGCUUGGAUGUUUAUUUAGUUGAAGUCUAAAAAUUAGUUUAUUUAGUUGAAGUCUAGAAAUUAGAGCAUGGCCCCUUUAAUUAAGAAGAGCCCCUUUUAAAUUCAAUUUUCACACUGCACUUCUAAACAGAAGCAUCAUUUUAGCAACGAACCUAAGCAACUGCACUAUAUGUAUCCCAUCUUGGUAGUUGAUUAUAGGUGAGGAGGGGUAGAGCAAGGCAGUGGGACAAAUGAUGGAAUAAGCUACUGAUUUGUAUUAUUUAUUUCUUUUUAAGAAUUUUUCCCAUUGCAUUGUUUAGUCAUAUGCAAAAAAUGAAUUUGUUCAGUGAUUACCCAUAUUCAAAAUACAAACAGGGAGGUGGGCGGGUGCCUUAGCACUUACCAAAAUAUAGUACAUUUAGAGCUGAAUUAACAACUCUGCUUUUAUAUUUUGCCAUUAAGAAAGCCUAGACAUGCAAACUUGUAUAACGCAACCUUCUAUUUCGAUACUUUGCUGCUGAGCCACGUAUCAUCCACAAAUGACUAUGGAAUUAAAUUAAAAAGCACUAACACGUACUCCUGAGAUAGCUUCCCCAAGCUACGGGUGCGGGUGCGGGUGCGUGCCAGGAGACGUCUGGCCCUUUAAGAAACCAACUCAGUCGUGAGAAACGCUGCUGCUGCUCAGGCUUGCUUAAAUUCCCAAGUGUCCAGUUAAGAAAUAGACAGCUGUCUCUUUAAAUGUCAUUUCCUCCCAUUGUAUUUGAAUCGUGAUCAGGAAAGAGGAUGUGAAACCAGAGAGGCUCGGAGGAGAGACCAUCAGGGUUGGCUUGAAUAAUCGUCUAUUAGCAAUAAUAGCAGCUACGGCGGCUCCGACCCGGGUCAUAAUGAAGGCGGAGGAGCCAGGGAUGCUUUGCGCUACCUCCGCAGUGCAGGAAGCCCUCUCCAGGCAGACGACCUAAUCCAGGCAGCCAAGAGACUCCAGGAUAAGCACAGCGGUGACAGCUGAGCGCCGGCCGCGAGCGCCAGCAAUAGCAGCGGGCUCUGCCUAGCGGCCAGUCGCGCAGCGCGAGCGGGAGGAGCGUCCCGAGGAUGGGCGCGUAGUUCCGAAGGGAUCGUCGCCUCGCCUGCCCAGACAGCUCCGGAGCGCGUGCGGCUAGGUGGCCGCGGUCCCUCUCGCCCUUGCCCGCGCGUCGCCAGCCCCCCCCCGCCCCUCCCCUCCCUCGGCCUUACAGGCGGCCACCCUGUGGAUGUCACUGAGGGUGGGGGUGCCUCUCUGCUCGUCGCCGCCGCUGCUGCCCCCUCCCCCGAAAAGGCAUUCGGGAGCUGGCAGCCUUUGUAGGGGCAGACCUCAUCGCGGACAAGCCGAGAGUCACGACGGCCGUCGCCACUACAAAGGAGCGACCCCUGCCAAUGUCAUCCUCAGCCAUCGAAAGGAAGAGCCUCGAGCCCUCCGAGGAGCCAGUGGAUGAGGUGCUCCAAAUCCCUCCUUCCUUGUUAACAUGUGGAGGUUGUCAGCAAAACAUUGGGGAUCGAUACUUCCUGAAAGCCAUUGACCAGUACUGGCAUGAAGAUUGUCUCAGCUGUGACUUAUGUGGGUGCCGACUUGGAGAAGUGGGAAGGAGACUAUAUUAUAAACUGGGCAGAAAGCUCUGUCGAAGAGACUAUCUCAGGCUUUUUGGCCAAGAUGGUCUCUGUGCCUCCUGUGAGAAGAGAAUCCGAGCCUAUGAGAUGACCAUGAGAGUAAAGGACAAAGUGUAUCAUCUGGAAUGCUUCAAAUGUGCUGCUUGCCAGAAACAUUUUUGCGUUGGUGACAGAUACCUUCUCAUAAACUCAGAUAUAGUAUGUGAGCAAGACAUCUACGAGUGGACUAAGAUCAAUGGGAUGAUAUAACUCACUUGUGCCUCAUAGUCUCAAAUACAUUUCAUGAGUGACAUAUAUAUUUAGCUAUGGUGAGGUUACUGCUCACAUCUAUAUGCUUUCUCUAAGGGGGAAAUGGAACAGAAUACAUAGGCAUUGCAUCCAACAAAAUAAGUGAUGAUUGAAUAAAAGACAAAAUUAUUUCUUUUAGCAAAUAUGCUGUGAUUACAAACUGACAUUAGAGGUAAUGACUGAAACUAGAGAACCAAUAUAAAGCAACAAUGGAUACUUUUAAACUGAAGUAUGAUAGGUAACUUUGUGGAUUUUUCUUCUCUAACCUGGUACUUUUCAGAUAAAUUGAGUCUACAAGUCCCUAGAAAUCUAGCAUUUGUUGUCCUAAGAGUUCUGGCAAAAGGGUGGCCUUAACACUAGCAAACAAAAUUGUUCAAUUAAAUUUUGCUUAUUUUGUAUCUAUUUAUCUGGAUUAUACUCCCAGCACUAAUAUUACAUGUAAGAGCAUCAGGAGAGUUGUAUGUAUGAAGAGGAAGGACCUCCAAAUAAGUGUAGCCUCCCCCCCCCUUUAAUGAUACUUUUCUUUUUGAAAAUGAAAGUACAAUUUUUGUUCCAGUGCAAAAGAUGAUACCUCAUCAGAUAUAAUUAAAUCUUUGUGAAAUCCAUGAGAGUUAAUGGGAUGUAACUGGGAAGGUAGGAAAGACUGCAGCCUUAAAUGGUAAUUAUUUCAAAUAAUGAAGAUGGAUAGCUACCUUUUUAAAUAUUGUUGGAAGGUGAGGAAUUCCACUACUCCUUUCUAUACAAUAAUUUUUUAAGUUCUUCUAACUAUUUUAUUAGAAAAUGUAAAUAUAUUAUUUUAUGUAGUAAGAUACUGCAGACUUAAUUAAAUAGACUUGAUCUAAGAGUUGUGAUAUUUUUCAUUCAAUACACUGGCAGCUUUUUUGAUUAUCAUUUUAGUGCAAUAAAUAUAUAGCUGUUGUAUGGCUCAUUUAUUUGUACACAGAGUAUCUUCCUUUGAGCUCAGAUUUUGUUUUGACAGACUUAACAACACUGUUAAUCUCACUGUAUUAAAUAGAUUCAAAGGAGAAAAUGUAAGUCUUCCUAAUAAUAGAAGAAGUUAAUUUCCCCAACCUUUUGGGGAUGCAGCCAUUAUUUAUCUUGAUUGCUAUAUGCAUUGCAAUAAAUGUUGUAGGUGCCUAAUUAAUUUGUGAUGUGACUAGUCAUGAAUUAUUUUACUCCUCUAUGCUCCAUACAUAUGCUGCCUGAUAUUGUUUAGAUUAUUAAAAUGAGAUGAUGCUUUAGGUGUGAUUCUGAUAUUAUUCUUGCAUUUUGAGAACAGAAACAUUUUCAAAGCGAUCCCUGACAUGUAGCAAUGCACAUUAGCUUUCACAUCUUUCCAGAGCAGCCUUAUUAUGCAUGUUGAUAAGGAAUUAGAUUUUUCAGUAUUCAGUGAGACUACAUUUCCUACAUAGUAUACUUAGGAUUGUAAUUAUUUUUUCUUUAUUCAUUCUUUAACCAUUACUUUCAGAAUUAUGAAGACCUAAUGCAGCUUUAAUAUCCUCUUAAUUCAUCCAUGAAGAAGAGAUAACUUGCUGUUUUUCUUGAAACUGAAACUCAACUGUCUUUUUGCCCAAAGGCUGUGUGCAGUUCAGUCACUCAUUUAGUACAAUCUCCUGAAUAAGAACUAAAGAAACUCUGGUGUAACCUUGUAAUUUUAUAUAAGCAGAAAAGUUCAGUUAUAGCAGAAUUCAUGGUGAUUAAUAAGUCAUGGUAAAAAUAUGAAUUUCCAACAAAUCUGAUAUAUUUACUGUGGAGUGGAAGCUCUACCCAUUGUUUAGAGAAACAAUGCCUUGAUGCGGUAUGAUGGGAGUUUUCAGUGAAACAAACAUAAUUGAACAAGAAAGUGGAAUUGAAAUUGAACAGAUUCAAAUCUAAAUCAAUCUAAACUGUCUUGGGCACUGUACUUAAAUUUGUAAAAUUUGUUAGACCCCUAAUAUUUUAUUUGGUCUAGUUGUUACUAACCAAUCUGUCACCAUUUACAUCUGUACUAAAACCAAGUAUAGCCAAGCAAUUUUGCCAGCAAGUCUAAAGUUCUGAUAUCCCAUACAUUCUUGGAGGGAAAAAAAAAAAACAGAGAAA